AUGGCGUCUCCAGAUAGGUCGAGGCAGGUUGAUGAAGUCUCAGGCGGGGAACAACGCCUUGGGAUGGCUUCGAAGGCAAAAUCAAUGCAUCAAGGAUCUCGGAAAGGAUGGCGUGGUAAGAGCCAGAGUGAGAGCCAGAGUGAGAGCUCGAGUGAGAGCCCGAGUGAGAGCCAGAGUGAGAGCCUGAGUGAGAGCCCGAGUGAGAGCCUGAGUGAGAGCCGGAGUGAGAGCCAGAGUGAGAGCGAGAGUGAGAGCCAGAGUGAGAGCCAGCCAUAUACCUUCAACAUACCUGGAGUUAACCUGCAGUAUACCUUCAACAUACCUGGAGUUAACCUGCAGUAUACCUUCAACAUACCUGGAGUUAACCUGCAGUAUACCUUCAACAUACCUGGAGUUAACCUGCAGUAUACCUUCAACAUACCUGGAGUUAACCUCCAGUAUACCUUCAACAUACCUGGAGUAUACCUGCAGUAUACCUUCAACAUACCUGGAGUUAACCUGCAGUAUACCUUCAACAUACCUGGAGUAUACCUGCAGUAUACCUUCAACAUACCUGGAGUUAACCUCCAGUAUACCUUCAACAUACCUGGAGUAUACCUGCAGUAUACCUUCAACAUACCUGGAGUUAACCUCCAGUAUACCUUCAACAUACCUGGAGUUAACCUCCAGUAUACCUUCAACAUACCUGGAGUAUACCUGCAGUAUACCUUCAACAUACCUGGAGUUAACCUCCAGUAUACCUUCAACAUACCUGGAGUUAACCUCCAGUAUACCUUCAACAUACCUGGAGUAUACCUGCAGUAUACCUUCAACAUACCUGGAGUUAACCUCCAGUAUACCUUCAACAUACCUGGAGUAUACCUGGAGUAUACCUUCAACAUACCUGGAGUUAACCUCCAGUAUACCUUCAACAUACCUGGAGUAUACCUGCAGUAUACCUUCAACAUACCUGAAAUACACCAGGAGUGGGUUCUAGGGGUUCUUCUACUCCGGGGACAUGAUAUGAACGUAUAA